GGAAUAAUGGGGGGAAAGAGAAUAGACCGAAUAGACCGAAUAGACGGUGUAAGCAGUGUAAGCAAUAGUGUUGGGAAAUGGUUCUUCGGGACAUUUUACAGAAGACCGAAUUUGAAGAUACUAUAAGUUCAGAUGACCUAGUUGUUGUCCAUUUUUAUGCUGAUUGGGCAGCACAAUGUGGUCCCAUGAAUGACGUACUUGAAGAAUUAGCCAAACAGGCAGAAUUGAAAUGUGUCAAGUUUGCAAAAUGUCCAGCUGAGGACUUGCCAGAAGUGUCUUUGAAGUACUCUGUUUCCGCUGUUCCAACAUUUCUCUUGCUUCGGAGUGGCUCACUGUUGGACAGAGUUGAUGGAGCCAAUGCAGCUGAACUUACAAAGAAAAUUAACCUACAGGUAUCAAAAUGUUCAAAUAUCACAUCACCUGCCCCAGCCAAACCUGCUGCCCAAGACUUGACAUCACGUCUGCAUGGACUUAUCAAUUCCGCCCCAGUUAUGUUAUUCAUGAAAGGAACAGCAUCAGAACCAAAGUGUGGGUUUAGUAAAUCAAUGGUUGCCCUCUUAGACAGCCACGGAGCUCUCUACAAAACGUUUGAUAUUCUGAGUGAUGAAGCAGUGAGGCAGGGACUAAAGUCAUAUUCGAACUGGCCAACAUACCCACAGCUUUACAUCAAUGGUGAGCUCGUUGGAGGUCUGGACAUUGUGAAAGAAAUGAAUGAAAGUGGUGAACUACAGAAACUGCUGCCAAAGAAAACAACUUUGGAAACAAGACUGAAAUCUCUGAUAAACCAAAGUAAGUGUAUGGUGUUCAUGAAGGGAUCCCGUGAUGAACCACGCUGUGGCUUCAGUAAGCAGCUGAUGGAAAUUCUAAGAGAGGCUGGCAUCAAGUUUGACACCUUCGACAUACUUACUGAUGAGGAAGUGCGUCAAGGGCUGAAGACUUUCUCCAAUUGGCCAACAUACCCCCAAGUAUAUGUCAAAGGAGAACUCAUUGGUGGAUUAGACAUUAUCAAGGAGCUAAAAGAAAGUGGAGAGUUGCUAAAUACAUUAAAAGGAGAAUCAUAAUACUUCUUCAAACAUAGAUUUUACAUAGUUGCUGCAUUAAAUGACUGUAGAUUCAUUAAAAUGUAAUUUUCAUCUUCUGUGAUGCUAAGAAAAAUAUUUGGCUCUAAAAUUAAACUUAGUUAACCAGUUUA